CAAUAAUAACUUGUUGUGUUGUUGUUGCUGCUGGUGGUGGUGGUGGAGAACUCUCCCACGUCAUGCCCUUCGCCGCGCCUGUCUCCCCGCGGGUGUUCAAAGCCAUAGAAAAGAGUGAUAUACACACUCUAGCAUGCUGCCGCGAAGAUGAGAUAAGACCCAUCCUGCCGUGUCUGGUCAGGAUGAGCCUCAUCGCCCCCCUGGAUCACUCUGAGGAGUGUAUCGCCGGUAGGAAGGUCAUCCUCAGGAUCCUCUCUGGCAUAGAAGUGGUUAAUUCUCUCGUAGCUCUUCUCUCUAUAGACUUCCCGGCGCUUGAGGUUGAUGUUAAGAAAGAACAACAGUUAAGGCAGAAGCUAGGUGGCGGCAAUCAAAAUGAAAGUGUUCUCGUUCAGAAUCUUGCUAACGGCCUUGCCCUGGAGUUUGAAUGUUCAGAUCCCACACGGAGAUUGCGACUACUUCUCUCUGAGAUUCUUCUGGUCAUGGCUCAAAUUCGGGAGCCUCGGCAGGACUUUUACCACAAAUCCUCAGAGCUGUUUGAUAACCCAUGUUACUUAGAAGAAGUGAGUGAUGUGUUGUGUAUUGCCUUGGCAGAAUUGCCAGCAUUAUUACCUCCAGCGGAAGUUGCAGAAGCUCUUCUCCAUGUGACCAAUGGCCCAACACUUAUUGCUCGCAUGGUGGCUAACCAACCAGAUUGUUUCAGAGAAGUUGUAACAGGAUUGGUUAUGACUGGAGAUAAGCAGGAUGAAGAUUCACCUGGUGGUUUAUUACGUCUACAAGCUGUACGAAAACUUUGCCAGAUGAAUCCCAGCCAAGCUCUCAAUGUCAGGGCUCUCUGUGUUGAGCAAUGUAGGAUGCCAGGUCUAGCAGUUUACCUAACACUAGAUGCUGGUAAAUCUGGAUCAGGUGUUGCAGGAAGUAAUGUGAGUGUAGGAAGUGGUGUUUACAAAGGAGAAGGAGGAGAUGUUGUCAGUUAUGUGACAGGGUUGCUUCUAUCACACAACCAUCAGCAGCGCACCUGGUUUGCACAGUUCGUCAAGAGUGGCCAGAGGAGGAAAUACGAGCAGCAGGCCUCAGCCUUAGUGGCUCUACGCACAGACCUCAGCGAGCGGCUGAGAAAUCUCCUACUCUUCAACAGCAAUGACACCUUACCAGACUCUCAAGUGAUCCAUGCCACAGCUCUGCUCAGACUCUAUUGUGCACUCAAGAGCUUAGCUAAUCUUAAAUUUAGUGAAGAUAAGGAAAUUGGCUUGUUGCUACAGCUUGUGACUUGUCACCCACCUCCAUCAGCUGCUGGAGUCAGGUUUGUAAGCACUGGGCUCUGCAUGCUCAUUGCUUGUCCUUCACUCAUAUCUUCCCAAGAAAAUGAACGCAAAGCUUCAGAAUGGAUCAAGUGGUUAGUUAAAGAGGAGGCAUAUUUUGCUGGAGCCAGUGGUGUAUCAUCAUCCUUUGGUGCAAUGCUUUUGUUGAUGGCAAUCCACUUCCAUGUUCAGCAGCUUAGUGCAAUUAUUGAGUUGGUCAGUGCUGCACUGGGGAUGAAGGUCAUCACUCGUGCCAAUAAUCUCUCGCGUAUCAAGUAUAUAUUCACCCAUGAUGUCUUUACAGAGCAGCCUGGGCUUGCUGCUGAUGCUGCAUCCCACAUGGCACCACCGCUGCUGCCGCCACCACCACCUACUGCCACAUGUGAUCUAUUAUCCAUCUUGGAUAAUAGACUUCAUCAUCUCUUUCUGCAUGUGGUGUCGUAUCAAGUGACGCUUCACCGCCAGAUCUGUGCAUCAUCAACUCCACUGCACCCAGUUAUGCCUCAGCUGAUUGAGGUUUAUGUCAACUCUAUUAUCUUGCCAGCCAGUAAAGGUGGAUUGUCUGAUACCUUCAAUGAGCCAAUUUCAGAAGAAGAAAUAAUGGCAGUUUUCUCCCAGUCCAUAUUUACAGAGAAAACUACAGAGAUUUCUUCAAUCGUUGCGUCACGAUCAGCAGCGCCCUUUAGAAGCUUAUCAACGAGAAAAUCAGUGUUGCUGGAGAGACCCUUGUCCACAUUCAGUCACUCUUCUGGACACAUCAUGCCCUCACCAUCCAUUAUAUCAUCUCACUCGUCUUCAUCUGAUAUGAAUGUGCCUGUUGCUUCAGUGAUGACCUCUCAGCUGCUGCUGCUCUACUAUUUACUGUUAUAUGAAGACAUGCGUCUUAAUAACACACACCAACUGCUGGCAAACAGCCGACGUGUACACUCCUAUUCUCCUCACUUGUUUGCUCAGUUGCCCAUCAGAUAUUUGCUUUCACAUGCACAAAGGGAGCAAAGACUAUAUGCAGGUCUGUUUUCCCCGCUCGUGAAAUUGUUGGUGAGUCAUUAUCCACAGCUGUGUUUGGUAGAAGACUGGCUUUACCAAAGUCCCUCAGCUAAUUCCAGUCUUGGUAUUCUACCCCCCAAAGUCCCUCUGGAUCCUCACUCUGUUACCAAAGCUAUGGAAGAUGCAGCAGAUAAACCUGGCCGACUCCUGGUUUUGCUAGAUUGCUUGAUGAGGAUGCCACCUCAUCAACUCUGGCAGUUAGCUGCUCCUAUUACUUCGUCCAUCAAGUGCUUAUUACAACCAGGAGUGCCACGUAAAGUAUUAGAUACAUAUAGACAAAUAUGGAUGCGGCUCAAUUCCCUGUUUCCUCGUCGUCUUUGGGCAAUGACUGUAGAAGGACUUCUGCCAGAAGACACUCAAGGCAGGUCAAGAAAAAUACUUACAGAAGAUGAUAUUAUACUGGACCCUUUGUAUGUGCUUAGAUGUGAUGAUAGAGUAUUUAGGUGUGCACCUCUCCUACAGCUGGUAAAUUACAUGUUACAAGUGUAUCUGCUGUCUUCCCGUACUUUCUUGUCUCAGCAGAUGCAAAACACACCUGUAGUGAGUGCUCCCCACAGUCUCAUUGCAGGUAGUAGCAACACCUCACCACAAGCCUUGGAAGAAGAACGGGAAAAGUUGCGAGGUGCACUUGUUCUUACUCAGGAAAGUGCUGCUGUGCAGAUCCUGCUUGAGGCCUGUUUAAUGAAAGAUUAUGAAAAGGUGGGCAGUCUUUCUGCUGGUGCUGGAGCAUUGAUUCUUCAGGAGAUACGCAGUAUUGUGUGUUCAUAUAUCCAUCAAGCAUUCCUCAAGGAUACUACAUUGGCAAAGUUGGUCCAUUUUCAGGGUUACCCAGGAGAGCUAAUUGGACUGGUUGUUCGUGGAGUCCCUUCUAUGCAUAUUGCUAUUGGUCUAAAUUGGAUCCCUGAACUUCUUCAACUUCCUGACCUGGAUAAGCAACUGUUUGCUGUAGAGCUCACCUCUCAUUUGGCUCUUCAGAAUGCCAUGCCAUCUACACUCAGUAUAUCAAGACUCGCAAUCAAUACACUGGCUACACUUCUUUCAGUUUUGGGUGAAGAGGAGAGACUUUUAAUAAUGGAAGCCUCACUGCCAUCUCUGGUGGGUAUUGGCAAGGCCUUCCCAGCACUUAUAGAUGAUCUCGUUCAUCUGCUGGUGAUGUAUGGACAGGUGGCCACUGCACAGUCUGCCCUCUCUGCUGCACCAGCUCCCAAGUCUAUUGCAUUUUUGGAUUCACUUGAUCAAGAGAUAAAGGAUGCUGAGGAGUACAAGAUGGACUAUGAAGAGUGUCCUCCUCCUUCACCUAAGACUGUUUACAAGAAACUAGUGCGAAAAGUUCCUCGUGAAGAUAGUCUUUUUGCCAGGAUAAUAGAAGCUUUUAAGAAGCUGAUAAUGGAAAGUACAAUGACCCAUAAUUUGUACUAAGUUAGACUCUUGUUAGGAUAUUUACAAAUAGAUGUAUAUGCUGUACAAACCAUUAUACAGGAUGAACAAGUCCCUGUGCACCAAUACAAAUUAUAUUAUAAUGUAGAAAUAGUUCAUUUAAUUUUUUACAUGUACAGUGACCUGCUCAACUAACUCUCCUUCCCACUCUUUAUUUUUUUUUUUAAGCUUUGUCAUUCCACUGCUUGUUAUUCUAUUUACAAAAAAUAAGAGUGCAGGUGAUCAUGCAGAGCAGAUGAAACUACUUUUAAGAAUUGUUCCCUGACUCUAAACCAAACUGGAUAGAAUACAUUUUAUUUUUAUGAUUUAUCCCCUCAAAUGGGGUUGCCUUUACAUUUGGCCGAAUGAAUGGGACCUACCUGCUAUUUGCUCGGAUCAAACCUGAUCACUGCUCAUUUCCUAAGUACCAUAUGACAUCUGUGGACAUAGCACUUUCUUGUUGACAUAGCUUGUAAGUGAUCAAAAAAACACACUGCAGAUGGCCUUAAUUAGUAUAAUGUUUCACCUUCAUGAUGCUUUAUCAUGUACAUUGCAUAUAAAAACUAGGAUGUAUAUAGUGCUGAGAAGUGCCGGAGUGAGGUGCUGGGCAAGAUUGAAAUUGACAUGUCCUUUCUGGUAUAGACAAGGUGAACUGUCAGGCAAUAUUGAGGUGAGGGCUCUGGUCAGUUGCAGACAAUGGGCAUUUAGUAACAUUGGAUGUCACAUGGAUCAUGUGGUUAGGUCCUGGCAGUUUGUAUUUUUUUGUGUUUAAGAAUGGUUUUAACACUGGGUUUAGCUUAAAUAUAUUUGUCUCUGUUCUGUGUGAUAAUGUUAGAGACAGCUAUAGCUGCUGACUCAAAACACAACCACCUCUGUUAUUUUCGUGGUACAAGAGACAAGUUUGAAUUUGAGAUAUGCUUGUGUGUUUGCGUACCACACGCAUUCCAGGUGUUGUCCAUCCUACCGGUGUAUCUGUGUUCUUAUAGUCAGAAAUUCGAGCCCCUUCAUGUUUGUCCAAUGUGGGCAUAAUCGUGUACUCCACAUGGUAUGCUGUGUACCCAUGGUUUGUUCCUAGAGUGGGGAGUCCUAGUGAUUUCUUCAGUAGUUUUUUGGCAUGUACAGCUAUCCCAGUGUCAGCUGUAUAUAGAAUACAGUUAAUGCACUAAAAGAGGAGGCAGUUAGGGUAAGAUAUAAACAGCUAUUGGAGGAUAGAUGGGCUAAUGAGAGCAUAGGCAAUGGGGUCGAAGAGGUAUGAGGUAGGUUUAAAAAUGUAGUGUUAGAGUGUUCAGCAGAAGUUUGUGGUUACAGGAAAGUGGGUGCGGGAGGGAAGAGAAGCGAUUGGUGGAAUGAUGAUGUAAAUAGAGUAGUAAGGGAGAAAAAGUUAGCAUAUGAGAAGUUUUUACAAAGUAGAAGUGAUGCAAGGAGGGAAG